AUGGAUGGCUUUUCUGUCAGCCUCUUGGCCUUAAGAAUCUCCAUUUCUUGCGUGGGACUUGUGGGUAAUUCAUUUCUCAUCCUGUCCAUUAUUCUGAACAAGCUCUCCCGAGUGAAGUCUUUUGAGAUGUUUAUCCUGGGACUGGCUACAGCCAACAUGGGGGAAAUUAUCAUCGUGAACUUGUAUGAUAUUAUCAUCCUUGAGACUUCCUCCACCACAACAGGCACUUGGCAGUGUCGCUCGCUCAAGUUCCUGACUGUGUUUGGUGAAAUUACCAGCAUCCUUUUCACCGUCCUCAUCAGCCUCUUCCGCUACCAGAAGCUGAAAGACGCCGAUAAGAGGGUCAACCUCCCAAUCUGCCUGGACAGCAUCAGGUCAGCCUGGAUGGUGAGUGGGGUUUGUGUGAUGCUCUCCUCGCUACUAAGUCUCCCCAUUUUUGUCAUGAAUCUGCAAGGCCCUGUGGAAAAUGUCACAAGAAACAGAAAAGGCUGCCCUCCAGACUUCUUUCAGUGUAGUAAUAAUUACUGUCCCAUUAUCAACCGCUUCUACAAAUACCUGUUCAUCCUGGCGUGCAACCUGCUGCCUCUGAUCAUCGUCACAGCCACCAGCUGCCUCAUCAUCAUGGUGCUGCUGAGCCAGAGGAAGACGGUGACACCAGUGGUGAGCGUGAGUGGGACGAGUCCGUCCAGCAGGAAGAGUAAACGACCAAAGCUUCAGCGAAGCACCAUAGCUAUACUGGCCGCCAUGGGGUUGUUCCAGGUAGACUGGACCCUCUACGUGAUCUUCCAGCUGACUUUCAACGCCUCUGACUUUCCUUUUUGGGCUGAAAUGGAGUUCUUUAUCGCAACUUCCUAUACAUCCAUCAGUCCAUAUGUGUACGGGAUAGGAAAUAAUCUGUUCUCUCUCAAGAACCUUAUAAAGAGGUAA